AUGAAUUUUCGCUUAUUUGUGGCCUCCAAAAGAAACAUUUUGAAGUCCAACUUCAGAUUUUUAUGCGCUGAUUUAACUUUAUAAAUAAAGUUAGAUCUUUUUAAUAUGUUUUGAUAUAGCUUUAUGACUGAUUUCAGCCGGUUGACUGUGUUGUUAUUAGCGGGAAGUCGUUGGUGUGCACUACAACUCCAUCAUGCCAGCGACGUGAAUACAUAAUCGACUGGGUGCCGUAUGGCAGGUGACUUGCAAUGGAUGACAACAACAAAAAUGUUGGGAACGACCCGAUCGAAAUGGAACACGAUGUAGGACUAAGAAUGGAGUGUUCCGAAGAGACGGAUGAUCGAACAUUUGUCCAGGUUAAGCGUGAACCCAUCGAGAAUGAAGAAGAGGGUUCCGCUGAUGAGGUCGGGUUGGAUUCAGGGUAUCAUAUCAAAGCUAAACCGCCUCAAGAUGACAAUUUCACUGUGAUACGACAUCAUGGCCUUGUAAAACCCACUACUUAUGAUGAGGGGUGUGAGGAACGGUGUGUUCGUGUUAAGAAUGAGCGGUAUGAGUCGAUAGAAUCUCGUGAUGAUCAGAUCAAGUUUGAAGCAAGUGGGCCUGAUAACAUGGUGACAUUUCAAUAUGAAACGUUUUCCACCAGUUCUCCAGAUCAAAUAAUGACAUAUCCUGAUGGUAACAUUCCAUUUGUAGCGGAUAGACAAACAGAAUCGCAUGAUUUCAAGUCAAAACGAGUUUGUUUCAAAACAGAAGAGUCGGUUGAAGAUGCAGAGAAUGUCAAAUAUGAAGAGUAUUCUGGUAGUACUGGUGGCACUGAAGCUUCAUCAAAUGUCUAUGACUUCCCUCAAGCUGCUGCUGAGAAAGACUCGACGCAUUUACAACAUGACUGGCAGGGUCUGGCUGGUCCAGAGGAUGCUGGUGACGAGGAGAGUGCAGGGUCUCCGUCUUAUUGCCAACCAAACUUUUCUGCUGCUCGGCCAGGACAGCUUCCGAUUCAUGUUGUUGAUCCGUUACACGGUGAUGAGAUGAAAAUGGAGGAGGAGGAGGAAGAGGAGGCCAGUUUAAGUGUGACAGGAGUUAUACCUAAUUUGCAUACACAGCGACCAGCCACCCAACUCGGGCUGACAAGACCUGGAACUGAAGCUUUGGAUCUCAGACAGGCUGUUGGCCAGUCCACUGGUGAACCUUUCCCAGUGAAUUUCAUCACCAGCGACAUUCAUGACACUCAUAGUAAAUCAGGCACAACAACUCCUCUCGCUACAGCUUUGCCUGAUUGUGAGGCAAAUUCAUUUGUUGGACUACAGUCUUCAAAUUUCCCUAGUCACAAUAGUGGAAUUAUGACAUUUUCUAUGAUGGCCAAAGAGGGUGUUAAAUGUAAGUGCGGUGUGUGUGAUAUGUCUUUUACUAGUGUGGCUGCCCUUAAAUGCCAUGAGCGUCUCCACGUAAGUGGAGGAAAUGUCUUCAGUUGCGAAUAUUGUGGAAUGAUAUUUAUGCGGAAAAGUCAUCUUACCCAACAUGAGCGUAUUCACACUGGAGAAAGACCAUUCAAGUGUAGUCAUUGUGCGAUGAGUUUUGCACAAAAAGGUAAUCUUCGACAACAUGAACUGAUUCACACUGGAGAAAAACCGCAUGUCUGUGAGCACUGUGGCAAGAAAUUCACGCAGAAAUCUGCUCAUGCUCGGCACGAACGCAUUCACACUGGAGAGAAACCAUUCAGAUGUGAGGUAUGCGAAAUGAAGUUUGCACAAAAAGGGAAUCUCAGGCAACAUGAACAAAUUCACACGGGAGAAAAGCGAUUCAAGUGUGAGCAUUGUGGGAAAGGGUUCAUUCAAAAGAGUUUUCUUGAAGCGCAUGAAAGUGUGCACAGAGGAUUAAAACCUUUCAAAUGUGAGCAUUGUGAGAAGAGUUUCACUUCUAAAAGUAAUGUUACACAACACAAACGCAUUCACACUGGUGAGAAGCGGUUCAAGUGUGGACAUUGCGAGAUGAGGUUUACGCGCAGAAGUAUUCUUACACAACAUGAGCGAAUUCACACUGGUGAAAAACCGUUCAGAUGUGAUCAUUGUGAGAUGAGUUUCCCUCAGAAGAGCGGUUUAAAUCAACAUGAACUUGUUCACACUGGCGAAAAACCGUUUCGGUGUAAACAUUGUGAUAUGAGGUUUAGUCGAAAGGAGCAUUGCGCAAAACAUGAACGCAUUCACACUGGAGAAAAAUUCCAGUGUGUACACUGCGAGAUGGCGUUUACGCAAAAAGGCAACCUGAACCAACAUAUCCAUCGUAUUCACUCUGGAGUAAGACCAUUCAAGUGUAAAUAUUGCCAUAAGGGAUUUGCUUCUCAGGCGGAUCUUAAACGUCAUGGGUUUGUUCACCUUGAUGUAAAACCAUUGAAAUCUUAGCAUUCUUAGAUGAGAUUGCCAAAUAAAAGGUUGUCUUACCAAACGCCGCAAUGGUGGAGCUCAAAUGUUGGCCAAAACCGAGGUGGCAGGCGGGGUUUUGGGCAAAAUAACAAUUCCACCCUCGCGGUUUUUGGUGCAACAACCUGUACCGACUGUGAUGUAUCAAUUUCUAUUCUAAAACAUCUGAAACUAAACGAUGAAGUGUGAUUUUGACUGGUUUUUUAGUGCUUCCAUAUUCUGCAUCAACCCAAGCUGUUAAAGUUGCCUUACUGUAAUUGUUAUGGUUACCUAAUUGUAACGACUGCCAUCGAAAUGAGGCAAAGUUGGCAAAUAUUGCAAAAUACAUUUACCAUUGUUUACACUCUAAAAAUCAAGGUUUUGUAGAAUUACACAUACUCGUAAAAGUAUACUUGCAUGUCACGAACGCAUUCACACUUGUAGUCUGACGCAAUCCAAGGGUCCAAGACCAUCAUUAUUGUAUCAAGCACUUAUUAUUGCAAAAACAUGUACACGCAUGUGUCACAAAAAGAAGACUUUUUUCUUGGCUUGUUGUUGUUAUGGUCUCAAUAGCAUUUAAGAUGCUUGAUGGACCAAAAACUGGCCAGGAUUUUGGGAUAUAAACCCAUAUUUCAGUAGGAUUUGGGAAGAUUGCAUCGGGAUUUGCCAAAAUUGCCUGUUGGGAUGGGGAUGGGGCAUAGCCACAGGCACUUGGGUGCAGGAUGCAAAUUACCUCCCAUUUCAGGGUGGUUUCUGUUUUAGAAUAUAAAUUGAUACCUUUAGCAAGGGCGGAGCGAAGACUUAGAGAAAAGUGGCAAGUCAGCUCACACUUUUCCGAAUUUCAUUGUUGAAUUCAAAGGGUUGCCCACCCUUGGAUUUCAUCUGUGCCUAGUAAGUGUUGGCAUUGGUUGUCAUACCAAACACUGCUUCAGGUGGAGAGCUGUCAUUUUGUCCAAAACCUCUGCAAAGCACCGUGGAUUUGCUUUACAUUUUAGCUCCAUCUCUCACGAUUGAUGGGUAUCAUUACCAUACUGCUACACAGCAGCAUUUGAUCACCUUGUAUCUACCAGUCAUUAUAACCAUUGUUUCAACCUUGU